AUGGACCCUCCGCCCUUUACUGCCGACGAAAAGCGCUUCGUCCUAGCCGAAAUCGUCAAAUCUAGCGCUGUCGACAUCGACACUUUGAUCAUCUUCAUCCAAACCAACAACAUUUCUCCCGACUGGAUGCAAAUGCAGCUCCCUCACGGCCGCAACAUGAGUCAGUGCAUGCAAGUCUUCAAGCAGUUGUCCAUUCAUCCAGGGGCUUGGAGCGGCCAGUCGACCAGCGGUCAAGGCGAACCUGCUUCGAGCCAUACCGGAGGCGCCACGACAACCCCAGAGCGAGACGCGCCAUAUAUGCCCGCUGUGACCAAGAACAGGCUCCUCAUGCCCAAGCAAUUUGCUCCCAUUGCCCCGCGGCCCGUUGACGCAAAGCUCGAGAGCCAGGAUCGAGGCCAGCCGGUCUCUUCUCUACCCGGAAGCCAGAAGCCGUCGAGGAAAAGAGGACGCCCUUCCAAGGCAGACAUGGCCAAGCGUGAUCUCAAGCCGAUCCUCCCCAAGCCUAUCGCUCCGCGGCCGCCUCCUCAGAAGGGAGCUUACGGUACGGGCCCGGGGGCUCCUAGCCAUCCUCGAGAAACCACACAGACUGCCUCGCCCGAAACGACGCCUGCGACUCUCCGGCCGACAUCGACGGAAGACACAGAGGACACGAAGCGGCGUCGUUUAACAACGCCGGCGUCUUGA